AUGACUGAAUCAGUGCCAGUGACAGUCACCUGCCAUCCUGAAUUUUAUUUUGAAAAUGGCACAUUCAUCUUCCAGGUCGAGAAUAUGCUGUACAAACUCAAUCACAACAUCUUGGUGAACAAGUCCAAACUCUUCACUGACAUCUUUUCACUUGGCCAAUAUGUGCCAGACAGCCAGGAGGGGAAGGUUGAUGGGCAACUGAUUAUUCUUGGUGGCAAAAAUUUGACUGUGCAAACUUUUGACUUGUUCAUCGAAUUCAAGUUCAUGUGUCCCCAUCCUUCCACAAAAUAUUCCUUGGAUGACCUCAAGAACUUGCUGGAAUUUGUCUGCCAUUUCCAAUGCAGCACCUGUAUGCUCAGCUUCAUCACCUCUUGCAUCAUUGAGAGAGCAUACUUCUUCCAUCCUUCCAAACUCAUUCAUCUAGGCAUCGAGUACAAGAUUUGGGCCAUCUUCGAAAGAGGUUUCACUAGGCUUUGCAAAGUCCUGCUGACAAAGUAUUAA